AUGAACUCCCUGCUACGCCGUAGAGCGCGUUCAGCGGAGGGCGAGUCUUCUGGAGGCAGCACUCAUAGAAGGGAAGUUCGAGUUCAAGAUUUUGAGGUUCAUCCGGACUAUAAUGUGCCCAGUCCAGACCGUGAUGGUGAGAUAAGGGAUGGGUCACAGAUGCUUCAGGAUGAUCUCCGCCAGAGUCGUGGUGAUCUGGCAACCCAGGAAGAGCCAGGGAUGGCCUUGGCGGUAGAGGACAUCUUGACUGCCAGAGUCGAUGUAGAUGAUGGGCUGGCCGGCAUGAUGGAGCCAGCAGCGACCGGAAGAGAGAAUGUGGAAGGGGAAGAUGGUCUGCCGCAGGCAGCGGACGUGGGAGAAAGGGAGCUUUUACAGGGUCCAGAGGUCGCCAGCUUGCCGCCGGGCUUUGAUGGACAGGUCCCGCCAGGACCAGUGGAGCAGGCCGUAACUACAGGAGGAGCUGUGGGCGAUUCCUACAUUGCUCGGUCGCUGGACGCUAUGGGGACGGUUCUGUCCUCUCUCCUCGGCCGAAUGGCUUCGCUAGAGCAACAGCGGAGCUCUGGCACGCCAACUUCGGAUGGUUUGGAAGGACAACUCCAGCAGAUGAGCCUCUCGGCGGAACGGAGGUUCCGUGAAGGAAGGCCGCUGACGAGGGAGCGACCCCUGGCCUCCAUGGAGCGGAUUAUGGCCGGCACCUUCAGCAGUGAUAGCAGUGAAACUGCCCGGCUCAGGGCGGAGGAAGCCAAGCGCGUGAUUCCAGGGGGGAUCAUGAGGCCGCAACAAGGGCCACCCAGACAGCAGGCGAUGGGAGAGGACUGGACUUCUGGAUUUGCGCUCAUUGCCGCCGAUUCCUCCUUCAGCGCUGGGAUAUUUUGUGCCUCCGGAGCAGAGGCAGAUGGCGCCGACCUCAGCUAUGGCAAGUGUUGGCAUAGGAGAUCCAGCUAUGAGCUUGAAUCCUCCUAUGGGAUCUUCGCAGUACCCGGCACCAUGCAUGAAUAUGUCAGGGGUGACCUGGCCAAUGUCGGGGCCGUGCCUGCCUAUGACAGAGUUGCCAUUGCCUCCUAUGGGAUCGUGCCCGAAUAUACCUCCUCAUUUGACUUCCUCAAUGGUGGCCUCAGCUCCAAUAGGUACAUGCUUGAGUACCACGGGCGGUUCUCCUCAUAA